AUGGCUUCACGAUUUCCACGCCAGCGUGAUGCUCGUGCUGGAUCGUCCCUUUUCGACUCAUACGGUGGUGACUCUCGCCCGGCCAGCAGGUCGCCUGCUCCGGCCGGCGGAUACGGAUAUGGAGGGUACUCCGGCCCAGCUGGCAAUAGUUAUGGCAAUGGCAGUGCUGGAGGGGUGAAUUACCGGAGCGCGACUCCCGAUAAGAAGGGCCAUUACUCGGAUGCUGUUCUGUCGUCUCUUGAAUCUCAGAACGACACAGAGGUGGAAGGGAUUACUGCCAAAGUAAAGAUGCUCAAGGAUAUCACCCUUGCAAUCGGCGACGAAAUCAGAGAUACCACACACCUUGAGAAUCUGGAGAGUUCCUUUGAAAACACUCGUGUCCGAAUCAGAGGAAACAUGAACCGCAUGCUUCGCAUGGCUGAGCGCACCGGCGUCGGCUGGAGGGUGUGGCUUGGAUUCUUUUUCGCGGUAUUCCUUUUAUUCUUCUACGUGUGGCUCUUUUAA